ACGUGAUAACGUCUUUAAAAUCGUUUUAGUCGGGUGACAUGUUCAGAAACUGUGUCACGAGGCCUCUCGAGGCCGAUCGCAGGUAUACCCCCCUCUCGUUAUAACGAGAGAGAGACGGACCGAUCUCCCGUCUCAUCUCGAGCGCUGCCAGUCAUUCCGUGAAACUUGUCACGCGGAAUCCACACGAGCGGAGGCAGGCAUAGCGUUCGAGUGAGUGGACCGAUCUUCCGUCUCUCUCACUCUAGCGGCAUACAAACGAAUGGAGAUUUUCUCGUGCGGUUAAGUUUUCGUUGAAUGUUUAACAGUAAAACAAAAUGUGAAGUGCGAGUGAAGUGUUACAACAAUUGCAACAAACAAAACUUAUAUCACCAAUAAGACGUUAUCACCGAUGACAGAUGACCCACGCUUUGCCGAGCCUAUCCCCAACGUCACAGUAGCCUUAGGCAGAGACGCAAAUCUACCCUGCGUCGUUGAAAAUCUCGGCACAUACAAGGUCGCAUGGAUUCACAUAGAUCGUCAGAUGAUCCUGACAAUACAUCGACAUGUCAUCUCCCGGGUGCCACGCUUCAGUGUAUCGCACGACAACGCCAAAACAUGGCUGCUGCACGUCAACAGUGUGCAGCAGGAAGACCGCGGCUACUACAUGUGUCAGGUGAACACCAAUCCGAUGAUCAGUCAAGUCGGAUACCUUCAGGUCGUCGUGCCGCCCAACAUAUUGGACUCGGAGAGCACUCAAUCAACGGUGGCGAUCCGCGAGAAUCAAAACAUCAGCCUCACUUGCAAGGCGGACGGCUUUCCCAGCCCCAAGAUAAUGUGGCGGCGUGAGGACGGACAGGCCAUUUCGGUCGAGCGACGCAAGAAAGUGAACGUGUACGACGGCGACCAGCUGAACCUGACCCGCAUCAGCCGGACGGAAAUGGGCGCGUAUCUGUGCAUCGCCACCAACGGAGUGCCGCCGUCGGUCAGCAAGCGCAUCAUCGUCGACGUCGAAUUUUCGCCGAUGAUUUGGGUGCCGAAUCAAUUGGUGGGCGCGCCGGCUGGCACGGAUGUCACCAUCGACUGCCACACCGAGGCCUACCCGCGCGCAAUCAGCUACUGGGUGUACGAUAAUGUCAUGCUGCUGCCGAAUAAAAAAUUCAGCACUGAGACAAUGGAGAAUAGCUACAGGGCGCAUAUGAAGUUGACCGUACGCAAUCUACAAUUUGGAGAUUUCGGCAAUUAUCGAUGCAUAUCCAAAAAUUCUCUUGGUGAAACAGAGGGUUCCAUCAGAUUAUACGAAAUCCCGAUGCCGUCGACGCCGCCGCGGGCAACGGAAAUGAAGAGCAGCUCAAACAAAGAAAACGUGGCGGGGAAACGGAACACCAGCAAGCCGAUAGUGGCGCCGGCCGACGAUCGGCCCAAGGUGGUGAUGGUUUCCUCAUCGGACAAGCGCGACCUGCAGCCGGGCCCCGUCGUCGAAAACGGGCUGAGCCUGUACACGCCGCCGGGCCCGCAAGGAUCAGGAUGCAUGAGCAUAUCCAGGUGGCUUGCGCCCCAGAUCGCCCUCACCGUGACGGUGCACCUCCUCUACACGUGCAACUUUGCGGAAAACUAAACCCACUUGCUUGCGAAAUUGGGUAUUUCAUAUCAAAACACUAAUUAAACUUAAAAACUCUAAAAGAAACAUUUUUCCACCGAGUCAACACACGAGACGACGAUCGAAAGUUCUGCUCAAAGCAUUAAAAAAGCAUAAAUAAAUGGAAGUAAUGAUACGACUGCCUGCAAAAACCCCGGAAGACCGGAAAUGUAAAAUCUAACUUUCGCUUCGCCGAUGUUUUUUCCCAUUGAUUUCUUAACUUAAACCAUUACUGGAAAUCAGUUUCUGCACCGCUGGAGAAUCCACACGACGACGACGUAAACGUGCUUGUAAAUUAAUUAAAUUUUAAAGAACGCGUGUGACGUAAAAUGUUGAAUUUAGUUUUGAUUACGAACACAAUUCAUAUCCAAUCAUAUCUUGUGUGAAUAUUUAGUUGGGAACAGUAUUAAACUAUAUAAAGAAACGAAUAAUGCCGUCAUGAUCUAACAUAUCUUCGCAUCGCCACUAAUUACGAAACAGAGAUUUAACAAUUUAACCAAUUAAACAAAGAAUACUCCGAGUUUAUUUUCUGACCGUAAAUAAAUGAUCAAAUCACAAACGCAACACAAACAAUGAAUAAAACGUAAAUUAUCUUAUAUAUAAUUAAAGUGACCCGUAAAUACUUCUAUCACUAAAUUUAUUUGUUUAAAUAAUUGAAUAAAUUCGUGGGCGUUUGUAAAAAAAUAUGAAUAUGAGUGUAUGCGUGUGAAUGAUUGCGGGUGACUCAUCGAAGAAAAUCUAGCUGCAGCUGAAUUUGUUUCCAAGAAAAAAAAAACGGAUUUAAAACAUUUUUUUGCGAAAUUUUUUUUUUAAGAAAAAAUGGUUUAAAUCCAGUUUUUUGUGUUUAUCUACCGCCUAAUGACCGAUAUUAAUGAUUAAGUGUUAGAAACACGUCUCCCACACACACACGCAGGUUUUCCAUUUGUAAAUAUUACGAAAACAUUAACAUAUUGCAAUUUACAACUACCAGAAACAAGAGACACAUAAAAGGAGGCUUAUUGUAUAAAAAAAAAAACGUAAAAAAUUAAAGAAAAAUUGAGAUGAAACGAAGCAACUUACGUGUAUUGCAGUAAUGUCAUGGCAAUCAUCAGUCUGUAAAAAAAUGAAGGAAAAAUCAAAAAUUUGCCAUGAUUACGAAGAUGUGCAGCAGAAAAAAAACACAUGAUAAACAUGACUAUCGUCGUUAUAACUACCUACAAAUACAUAUUAAUGUUUUGGACAUUCGUUUCAAAGUGCCAAAGGUAUUUUAGAAAUUAGUGUACUUGCUGUCUUCUCAUUUGCGUUCAAAUAAUAAGUUAUUUCUGAUUUAAAAAACUUUAAAAUUUUCAUUUUUUGUCAAAAAAAAAACGCAAAAAACGCAAACAUUUAAUAUCAACGACGUGUUUAAGAAAGUUAAGAGAUAUUUUCAACUUUUUUACACAUUAGUCAAUUAUCAUUAUUAAUUCUAGGCAUUGUUAUUGUUUAUUAUAUUCUAAUAUGGUAUAAAAAAUAAAUAAGUUAAGUAUUUAAAAUCAA